AUGCCGUUCGUCAAAGUCUUGAAGAACAAGGCGUACUUCAAGCGGUAUCAGGUCAAGUACCGUCGUCGUCGUGAGGGCAAGACGGACUACCGAGCCCGCAAGCGUCUGAUCACGCAGGACAAGAACAAGUACAACUCGCCCAAGUACCGCCUCGUCGUGCGCAUCACGAACAAGCAGGUGAUCUGCCAGAUCGCCUACGCCGAGAUCGAUGGUGACAAGAUCCUGGCGCAAGCCACGUCGGCGGAGCUCCCGCGGUACGGCCUGACGGUCGGGCUCAAGAACUACGCGGCUGCCUACGCCACGGGUUUGCUUGUUGGCCGUCGCGUGCUGCAGAAACUUGGCCUGGACGAGGACUACGAAGGCAAUACGGAAGUGGAUGGCGAGAUCGUCAAGACGGAGAGCAACGGCCGCACGUACUUUGUCGACGAGGUGGCCGACGAGAAGCGUCCGUUCCGCUGCUACUUGGACUGUGGGCUUCGCACCACUACCACUGGCCACCGCGUGUUUGGCGCGCUCAAGGGCGCAGCGGACGCUGGACUGGAUAUCCCGCACAGCGAGAAGCGGUUCCCUGGCUACAGUCGCGACGACAAGAGCUACGAUGCGGAGGUGCACCGCGACCGUAUCUUUGCCGUGCACGUGUCGGACCACAUGAAGGAACUCGAGGAAGAUGACCCGGAGAUGCUUGCGUCGCACUAUGCCGAGUACGUCAAGGCCGGGAUCAAACCCGAUGAUCUGGAGGACGUGAUCACGAAGGUGCACGAAGCGAUUCGCGCCGACCCGUCGCCGGCCCCGAAGAAGGACCACACGUUCGACAAGAAGUACAAGCGCCCAGCGAAGCGUUCGCGCCAGCAGCGCCAAGCGCGUGUGGCCCAGAAAAAAGCGCACGCUGCGUCGAAGAAAGAGUAA